AUGGAUUCAUCUCAGCAUUCUCCAUUCGAUCGAUCGUCGCAGUCGACCGGAGUUCACAUCAGCGCUGCCAACCAGCUCGUCCUUGACUACAUCGAGGCCACCUUCAAUGCCAUUAUACAAGAGAUCAGAGAGCCAUCGGGCCAUGGCAAGCCGGUCAUUGCAUUGAAUAGGAUAGUGGCUGUGAGACCUUCCUUUGACGAAGGUGAACCAAGCCGCUUGAAUUGGCACGUUAAAUCUCGAAAAGUCAAAUAUCACUUUCCGGGCCAGAGCACGGCCGAAGCGUGGAGAUUCGCAUGUGUUGGGCGAAUCUUGCGUGAGAUAUUGGUUGCAAUCAAGCAAGGUAUCACAAUCACAAAGAGGGACAUUUAUUAUCACGAUGUGGCUCUUUUCAAGAAGCAAGAGACCGUGGAUCGAUACAUCGACGACAUUGCCCACACUUGCCAGGUGACGAGACGAGAUCUUAACGUCGUUGCAAGCCCGAAAGGCCUCGUUGCCGGACUCUGUGACCCUGGAACUGGGGAGCAUGCACCAGUCAUCCAGACCAUCUGUGCGAACACUGCAUUUACCGCCAUAGGACAUGUCAACUGGAUCCUUAUCAUAGAGAAAGAAGCAACAUUCAAUGCUCUGACCGAAAGGAAAUUCCAUCGAAACCCAAUCGUUGGCCCAGGCCUUUUGGUUACCGCUAAGGGAUACCCCGACAUAGCCACUCGAUAUUUCCUACGCCGGCUUCUCGAUCACUCUCCAUCCUCCAUCCCAGUAUUUGGCUUGUUCGAUUGGGAUCCGGACGGGGUCGGAAUUUUGAAGUGCUAUCUAUAUGGAUCGAGGAAUUUGGCACAAGAGCAUGGUUGCAAUAUCCCAGAGAUGAGAUGGGUAGGCCUUAAGGCAGAAGAUGUUGCUUUGCAUCAAGCAAUUGGUAACCCCACGGUGCCGUUGUCGAGGCGUGACCGAAUGGCAGCCGUCGGAUUGCUGGCGAGCCAGGAAUGGCACGAUCAAACGGGUACAGUUCUGCCAGGUCUGCAAGAGGCGGUCACUGAAGUUCAGCGGAUGCUCAUGUUGAACCGAAAGGCCGAGAUUCAAAGCCUGGAUGAGGGGCAAGGUGGCCUUGAGGAUUGGUUGACAGGAAGACUGAGUCAACAGCUCUGUUUGUAG